UUCAACGUUAAUCCAAUUUCGAAUUUUCUUCUGUUGAGAGGGGUCGUUGGUUUCGCGGACUCUUCCUUCUCUGUUCCUAGAGUCUGAAGAAACCAUCGCCGCGUCCCCCUUUCACACUCUGCAUCUUCCUUCUCUCUUCCUAGAUAUGCUCUUUCUUUAGCCAUUGUUGUUUUCAUUGUUGUUGUCGGUGAAAGUUCAAAAGCAAAGAAAGCCAAAGAGAACGGAAGGAAAGAUACCGAAGAGACAGAUAGAGAAAUGGGGCCGUCGUUUGCCGCCGGGUUUUGGGUCUUUUUGGCGCUCUCCGCUGUGGUGGUCGGGGGAUUUCCGGCGGCCCUGACUCUGGAGAGGGCUUUCUCGGCUGCCGGUCACGGGCUCGAGCUGAGUCAACUCAGAGAGCGUGACCGGGUGAGACACCGUCGGUUCUUGCAGUCGUCGUCGUCUUCUUCUCCAGGGGUCUUUGAUUUCCCCGUCGAAGGCACCUACGACCCCUACCUUGUUGGGCUUUAUUUUACAAGAGUUAAAUUGGGUUCUCCUCCAAAGGAAUACUAUGUGCAGAUUGAUACAGGAAGUGAUGUCUUGUGGGUCGGUUGCAAUUCUUGCAAUGGUUGCCCCACAUAUAGUGGGCUCCAAAUUCCUCUUAACUUCUUUGAUCCUUCAAGCUCUUCAACAGCUUCAUUGAUCCCUUGUUCAGACCAAAGAUGUGAUCUGGGAGCUCAGUAUUCAGACUCUGGCUGCUCUUCUACUCAGAGUGAUCAGUGCAAUUACUCAUUCCUUUAUGGAGAUGGCAGUGGGACAUCAGGUUAUUAUGUAUCAGAUCUGAUGUAUCUCGACCUUGUUGUUGAGACUUCAUUGGUUUCAAACUCUUCAGCUCCCAUUGUCUUUGGCUGUAGCACAUCACAGACUGGGGAUUUGACGAAGUCAGAUAGAGCAGUAGAUGGAAUUUUUGGAUUUGGGCAACAUGGAUUGUCUGUCAUAUCUCAACUUUCUUCACAGGGAAUAACCCCAAAUGCAUUCUCCCAUUGCUUGAAGGGACAAAGUGGUGGUGGUGGGAUAUUGGUCUUUGGUGAGAUAGUGAACCCAAAUAUAGUUUAUAGCCCACUGGUACCAUCACAACCACACUAUAACUUGAAUCUGCAAAGCAUAGCUGUUAAUGGACAGACAUUGCCAAUUGACCCAUCAGUAUUUGCGACAUCAAGUAAUCGAGGAACAAUAGUAGAUUCUGGUACAACUUUGGCAUACCUUGCAGAAGAAGCCUAUGAUCCUUUUAUUAAUGCUAUUACGUUGGCUGUUUCACAAUCUGUACGCCCUCUUCUUUCCAGGGGAAAUCAAUGUUACAUAACUGCAUCCAGCAUCUCUGCAGUAUUUCCAACAAUCAGUUUAAAUUUCGCUGGCAGUGCAACCAUGAUUCUUAAUCCUGAGGAUUACCUUCUACAGCAAAAUUCUAUUCCAAUGUUUGAGACCAGAACAGCAUUGCGUAUGUUUUUCUCAGAAGUCUUUCCAAUCAAACAGGGCUCCAUGCUUACAUUACAUAACAUCUGACACUGUCAUGAAAAUGGUUGUGAAUAGAAUCUCAGGAGUCUUGAUUGGAACUGAUCAGGAAGGUUCAUAAUAAUUAGGUGCUGCAAAAGUUAUUCAUGGCUCAGAUUUUUCCAUCUUUGACGCAAAGAGAUUGGCACACGAUAUUUUGGCUAUAUCGUCAAUCUACAAAGACUAUGACAGCUAGAGUUGCAAUAUAUAUGUUGCUUGGACUCUCUAUGCCCCUCCUGCCACAAGGAUAAAGGGCUAAAGGGUACGGGUUAUGCAUGUAACAUGGACCAUUCUAAUUAUACUAAGUAAAGGAAAAACAAAAUCUCUCUUUAGAUACUAAAGGAAAAUUUGAUGACUUUAACAUUGACAAGAUGUAGAAUUCUCAUUUUUCUGAAACUCUUCUUAAUCUUAAUUGCAUCUCUUAAUGGUGAAUUGUCUUAUUGAAGAAUAUCACAAAAUACCCACUAUAUUUAACUAUUGAAAAGGUGUCUACUUACCCUUAUCUAACGUAUGGAUACAUAUCUAAGCAUUCUAAUAUUAGUGGUUAAUAAGAUUCAAUGAAUGGAUAUGCCCUUGCAGUCAAUACUCAUAUAACACAGAUUCCUGUCAUAGAUUUUUCCCUGCCCGAACUAUAAUAGCUAAAGUUAUUUGCACUGAUUCUAACAUACAGAAUUUUACCUGUUAAGAAUGCAGUAUUUUCUAAUUUUCUUGAAGGAUUCCUGAUUGAAACAACCAACUUUAUGU